AUGUCCAAUCCGCAUAACACUCCUGACGAGGCAGCGACAGAACUCUCACGACUCUCUCUCCAUGGUAUACAUGAGACGGCAGUCAUACGUCCAGACGGACGUGUCCGUAUCCCACGUCCUCCUCGCAAAGACACCAGUAUCACACCCUCCCAUCACCGUCCCCAUGUUCUCGCAAGCGAGCAUGUCCUUCUCUGGACGACUCCACACGGGUUAAACUUCCAAAACGACCUCAUCCUCCGUUUUCCCGAUUCCGUCGUCCUCAAGAUCUUUCUAGUCAUGAUCCAAUCCCUAGACGAGGACACGCGCAGCAAUUAUGGUGCUGGCCUCCUCUGCUUCACUCAAUUUUGCGACCAACAUCGCGUCCCAGAAUCAGAAUGUAUGCCUGCCUCCUCCGACCUUCUUGUGGCUUUCCUUGCCAAUGCAGCGGGCACUAUCUCCAGCAGUGCAGCCAACACGUGGAUGGCAGGUCUUCACUACUGGCACUCCAUCAAUGGUGCAGACUGGCACGGGGCAGACUCAGACGUUCUUCGUCACAUCCGUCGAGGUCUCUCCAAGCUCACUCCCCCCAGUUCCAAGUGUACCAAGUGUCCGCCCGUCACACUGGCAGCCCUCACACAAUUGGCGAGGGGGCUUGAUCUCAGCAACUCCUUGGACAUCGCAGUAUUCGCAACUGCCGCCGUAGCCUUUUGGGCAUGCUGUCGGUACGUAUCUCCUUCUCCCCCCACUCCCCACCUAAGGUCUUUCCACAGCCUUGGUGAACUUGUCAUCCCAGGUCCCAACGCCUUUGAUUCUGUCAAGCAUGUCACUCGUUCCAUUUUACCUAUCGCAGUGCACGAAUCCAACAACGUACGUUAUACUACACUCCGCAUCCCCUGGUCUAAGACCACAGGUAUUGAAGGCGCCUCCAUCAGCAUUACAGGACGCAACCAUCUCACAUGUCCUCUCAAUGCUCUCGUGCACCAUCUGCAAAGCAACCUCGACAUCCCGUCGCACGCCCCGUUAUUUUCAUUUGAAACGGCCAUGGGCCCCUGGUCCCCUCUCACCAAGCCAUGGUUUCUCAAGUGUUGCAACGAAGUGUGGGUCACUGUGGGACAUCCCAGUAUGCCCGGUCAUGCCUUCUGCAUCGGAGGCACCACAGAGCUGCUAUUAGAAGGUAUCCCACCUGACAUGGUCGCCAUGCAGUGA